GUGCUUUCUAUUUGUUGCGAGUAAUGUGACUUCAGAGUUCUCUGUAUUUUAAAAAGCACACCUGGACCUCAACAUGUAAAAGUUACAUCUGAAGAGUGAAAAGCUGCUGAAUGAAAAGCUCUUGCCUCUAAAAAUCAAGGGUUUUAUUUGACCUUUGUGUUAUUAUUUCAUUGUCGUGGCUGAGCCGUGUGAAUUCACAGAAGGCAGUAUGAGCUCUACGUGUCUCAGUUACUACAAUGCAGACAGCGUGCUUGUGAAGGGCUUUGCCUGCCCCAAACCGGAGAACGACGCGAGAGCCGUGCACUGCUGUGGAUUCAGCGACAUCAAAUACUGCUGCGACGACCCCAACAGUUUCUUUCACUACGAGUAUGGGUACAUGUGGUGGCUGAGUGUGGGGGCGCUGGUCGGCCUCUCCAUCGCGGCGGUGGUGUUGCUGGCGUUUAUCAUCACAGUGUGUGUCCUCUGCUAUCUCUUCAUCUCCACCAAGCCCCACAGCAGACUUGACAAUGGGCUUCCACUGCACACCCCGGCUGUAGAUCUGAACGCUGUGGAAGGGCCGAGUCACUGUAACGCGGUGGGGGGGCCGACAGGGAUCCAGAAGCAGUUUAUGAGCCGUAAGCUGGACUGCACCAAUCAGCCACCGGACCACGACCGCCUCUUCCAGAGGUGCUUCACAGCAACGGUCACCACCAUCAACAUAGAGGGGCCAUCUUAAAACUGUCCAGUGCUUUCCACUGCGCGGAUCACACUUUCACAUUUCAAGAUACUGCUGCAGGGUCAAUCCGCUUUCGUCUCUUUGAUCUGGAAACAAAUAAGAUUUACGCAGUUUCUAAAGACGCCCCUUACUGGUCUCAUACUGGGAUAAAAAUCCAGCUUCUUAUUCAUGGAGCCACAGGAAUGGUAAUCACAGCAAUCCAGCUUUUGAUAAUUCAAGUACUUUUUAAAAUAUAUUUAUUGUUUUAUUGUCAGGGUUUUGGUUCUGUAUUAAGUGAAUCCCAUUGAACUUGAUGUAAAGAAUGCAAAAUAAAUAACAGGUCAGCUGCUGUACAGCAUGCAAAUUUACAUGGCAGGUACUUAGCAAUUGUGUUGGCAUAAGUAAUCAUAUUGUGGUAUUGCAAAAAUAUUUGACACACAGACAAUAUACACAGUAUUAGAUAUGGCAAGAGUGUGUAUUUUGUAUUUAAAAUUUGUAAUAGAGUGUAAUAUAGCACAUCCUUUUCCAAUGCCAGCCUGCAAGCUCUGUAUAGGGUGCUAAGGGAUGAGGAAGCGUCCUUGAAAGCAGUUUCAUUUCUCUCAUUGAAUUUCCACAGGUUCUGUUUCCAAAGCAACGUGGAGACUCUUCUAUUCAUUCAUUCAUUCGGAUUUUGGCAACAGUAAUAUCUUUUUUUUUUUAAAGCAUUUAAUAAAGACAUUA